GUUUAAUUCAACAGCAUAAACUGUCCCUGUAUUUUGUAGGAGUGCUGCUAAUUGAGUAGUUUUCAUUCCUGGCGCAGCACAUGUAUCUAGAACAGUAGAGCCAGGUGGUGGGGCUAAUAGAUGAACUGUAAAAUGAAUUCAAAAAUUGAAAAAGACAAAGCAAAACAGCUUCAAGAAAAAUGCCAGUCUGUUCUAACUAGUCUGUUGAGGGAUGAAGAUAAUAAAUAUUGCGUAGACUGCGACUCCAAAGGACCAAGAUGGGCCUCAUGGAACAUAGGUGUGUUUCUUUGCAUAAGAUGUGCAGGAAUUCAUAGGAAUCUGGGUGUUCAUAUUUCCAGGGUUAAAUCAGUAAAUCUUGAUACUUGGACCCCAGAACAAGUAGUAUCUCUUCAACAGAUGGGUAACUCGAGGGCAAGGGCUGUUUAUGAAGCAAAUUUACCAGAUGAUUUCAGGAGGCCCCAGAAUGAUUCAAAUUUAGAAUCAUUCAUCAGAGCUAAGUAUGAACAUAAGAAAUACAUUGCAAGAGAAUGGGUGCCAGCACCAUUACCUAAGGUGAAUUGGGAAAAGGAAAUUGAAGAUGAGAUGGAAAGACAGAAGCGUAAGACAAAAACUGUUGUUGAGAAAAAACCUCUACCAUCUGUAGAAGUACCUCAACUACCAAAACCAAAAAACCCAAGUCCUAAGCCCAACAGGAUAAUCAAUACCGAUAAAACAGACAGUGACUUACUAAUUGCUCAGAAUAGUGAAGAUUUCAGUGGCUUCUUAUCUUCAGCUCCUAAAACUGAAGAGAAAAAGGAAACUCUGAAAAAUGAUAUAAAGAGUGAAGAAGAAAGUUUUUUCAACCAAACACUACCAACUGAGAAGGAAAAAGUACAACUGUCUAAAGAUAGUAUUAUGAAAUUGUAUUCUAACAUGCCAAUGAAUAAUUUCAAUCAAUUCCAUAACCCCUUAGGUCAGCCUGCCUACCAGGCCAAUAUACCUGUUCAAAAUUCUUUUCAAAAUUUUGGGUGUUUUCCCCAACAAGCUUACCCUAUCCAAAAUGGAAUGGUUCCCCAAUAUUCUGGACAGCAGUUUCCCAAUCAAUGUAUAGGGCAACAGUUUCCCCUUCCUAAUCAAAUGCAAGUCCCGGUAGGUCAUGUGCCCCAUCCUGCUUACCAAGUUCCCCAAAAUCAGUUCACAAGUUUUCAGAGCAAUCUCCAGAUGUCGAUGUCAAAUCAACUGAAUCAUUUUGGACAGAACUAUCAACCUGCACAAUCCUCUUUCCUGCCAACUCAACAACCCCCAUUUACAGGUACGCAGACUUUAAAUCAGCAAUUUGGUAAGCUGAACCUUAACGGUCAGCAGCCUAGCAAUGCUUCACCAGGCAUGACAAACAUAUGGCCCUAAUCAAUUGUAUUUUUUAUUUAUUAAUAUGAGAUUAUGUCUUUAUUUUUUGAGCUUACUAUGAGAAAUAUGAUUUUUUACAAUAUUAGUUUAUAUAUUUUGUUAACUGAAAUUUCAGCCAAUCCAAUAAUUAAUAAGUUGAACGAGGAUUCAUUAAAAUUAUUCUAUGUGA